UGUUUUACAUGCCAAAUCCCUUUAUAGUGGCUUUCUUCAAAUUCUCUCUCUUUCUCCCAAUACUUGCUCGCUCUCUCUCUCUCUCUCUCUCUUUCUCUUUCUACACACACAGGUCGACAUCAUGGGAAAUUUUGCUGCCAAUGAAGGACUAUCAGUGUUUGUCAUUCUGGUAUGGCUCGGCAUCAAUGCGUUUCUCUUUGUGCAUUUUUACAUGGCGUUUUUGAUUGACAGGUACUACUACACUAGAGUUAUCCUUGGGCAAGCUCUCUCAUGGGCCAGAGCUCCAGCUGCAUGUCUCAAUUUUAACUGCAUGCUGAUCCUGCUGCCGGUCUGCAGAAAUAUUCUCUCAUUCCUGCGAGGAUCCAUACAGUACUGUAGUCGCGCUGCAGCUCGUCAGCUGGACAAAAACAUCACUUUCCACAAACUUGUGGCCUACAUGAUUGCUUUCCACACAGCGAUUCACAUCAUAGCUCACCUGUUUAACUUUGAGAGAUUCAUGGAUUCCCAGCUUACGGUCAACAGAAAACACCUGCCAUAUGUGCUCUCUCAGAUUGGGAACGGUGACAACAGAUCCUACCUGAACCCCAUCAGAACCAAUGAGACGAACCCAACGAUAGUGAUGUUCACGACGAUGGCAGGACUGACGGGGGUGGUCAUCACACUCGCUCUCAUCCUCAUCAUCACCUCCUCAAUGGAAGUCAUCAGAAGGUCCUACUUUGAGGUUUUUUGGUUCACUCACCACCUGUUCAUCGUCUUUUUCAUUGGUUUGGUGCUGCAUGGAGCUGGGCGUAUUGUGCGAGGCCAGACACUUGAGAGUUUGCACGUGCACAACCCAAUAAAAUGCCAGAGCCACUUUGAUACCUGGGGUCAAAAUGGCACCAACUGUCCUAAACCGGACUUUGCUGGAAACCCUCCAAUGACAUGGAAGUGGGUGGUCGGCCCCAUGUUUUUGUACGUUUGCGAGAGAAUGGUGCGAUUCUACCGCUCACAACAGAAAGUUGUCAUUACCAAGGUAGUCACGCACCCUUCCAAGACUCUUGAGCUGCAGAUGAAGAAGAAGGGCUUUAAAAUGGAGGUCGGUCAGUAUGUGUUCAUUCAGUGCACGUCUAUCUCUCAGUUAGAGUGGCAUCCCUUCACCUUGACCUCUGCCCCCGAGGAGGACCACUUUAGCGUGCACAUCCGUAUCGCAGGGGAUUGGACGCAAGCUCUUUACGCGGUCUGUGGAGGUGACAAGACUGCGGUACUGGAUGCGUGGACGCUACCAAAGAUGGCGGUGGAUGGGCCGUUUGGGACGGCCAGUGAAGAUGUCUUUCGUUAUGAGGUUGUGAUGCUGGUCGGAGCCGGUAUUGGAGUGACACCUUUUGCUUCUGUUCUGAAGUCUGUGUGGUACAAACACGUCCAAGAGAACAAAAACAUCUUCACUAAAAAGAUCUAUUUCUACUGGCUGUGUCCCGAGACUCAGGCAUUCGAGUGGUUUGCUGACCUGCUGCAGAGUUUAGAAAGAGCGAUGACAGAGAAAGACAUGAGCGAUUUCCUCAGUUACAACAUCUAUCUUACGCGCUGGAAAGAUGCUGAUGCGGCCCACAUCAGAGUUCAAUACGAGGCAGAGAAUGACCCCAUCACCGGGCUAAAGCAGAAGACUCGAUACGGCAAACCCAACUGGGACAAUGAAUUUAGUGCCAUUGCUAACCAACACCCAGGUUCUAAAGUUGGCGUGUUUCUAUGUGGUCCAACUGCGCUGGCUAAAGCUCUGGGGAAGCAAUGCUUCACACACACCGGGUAUGGAACUGAAUUUAUAUUCAACAAAGAAAACUUCUGAUCAUGUUUCGACAACUCACGAAUAUCAGAACCAACAGAUACUUCUCAAUGCAUUUUUGAACUAAUAUGUGAUGUGAUUAUACAAUACAUACAGCGCCAAUCAUUGCCACAAGUCAUUAUGUUGUGUCACUGGUCUAGAUAUGUCAUGGCUGUGAGCAUAUUUUUUACUUGACAGAUUGAAGUUGUAAUUUUGCAGUUAUGAUGUGAAAAUACACAACUUUCCAAAUAGUCUAACUCUUAGACUUUGAGGGGAAUUCAUUUCAUUUCCACCCGACUGAUCACCGUAUGCUGCCCGAUCCCCUCUGUGAAAAACUCCUGACACCACCUCUGGAAGUUAAAUAAAGCUUUUUGAAAUGUAUAGUUGAGUAACACGAUGAGGAAUCAAAGACUUCUGAGAUCUUAUUGUCUACAUAUUUUGUUUUUAUGUUAUCAAUGUACUAAAACCAGUUUGAGUUAAUUUCAGAUAUUAAUGGAGGGAAACCUGUUUAAGUUCCCAGAUAUAAUGUUCAACAUGUAUUAUGAUGUGUGCUGCUUGUCAAAUUCCCCUAAUAUUGUAUGGGGAAUUUUUGAAGUCUUUAAAGUAAAGGAUUGCUGUUAGAGCUUUAAUAAA